AUGCAUCACUUGCAGACACUAAGUUAUGUCACAUGUGAACACCUUGACUUCGUUCUUUGUGGAGAAGCAGGAGAUGGUGGCGGCCCUCUGCUGGUGACAUUCGAGCCUGGUGGUGACAUUAGAAACGGCAUCCCUGAAUUUGAUAAGGUCGUGGGCAUCACAUCGUUUGGAGAAAAUGUUGCCUGUGGCGAGUCUGGGAUUCCGGGAGUGUACACAAGGGUGACAAGCUAUGCAGAGUGGAUAGUAGAGACCAUGGCGGGCAAAGGGGGCGAAGGGAAAACACCGUGCGGCCGUUUCCCCUACAUGGCAUCUUUACAGAGCGUUUCAGGCUUCCACAUUUGCGGGGGAGUGCUGAUUGGCAAGCAGUGGGUGCUGACUGCAGCCCACUGUGUGGACAAACCCUCACCGCUUUACCCCACACAUGUGAUUGUCCUUGGCCUGUGCGACAUCACGGACCAGCGCGGCACAGAAGACUCAGGGCGCGUUGUUGAGUUCUUCACAAGUGAGAGGAUCGAGGUCCACCCAAAGUUUACGGGAAUGGCUGAGGACGGAUAUGACAUCGCGCUGGUGAAGCUUAACAGUGAGUCACAAAACGUGCCAGUUUCUGUUGCAACCAACCCUGAUGAGCUGCUGAACCAAAGGAAGGUUUCUGCACUGGGAUUUGGCAUAUCCGACGAUGGUUUGCCCGCCAACACCCUGCAGUUCACGAAUGAGCUGAUCGUCCAGGAAAACGAACUGUGCAAAGGCAUCUGGCAGGAUGUCAUCCAAGACUCGAUGCUUUGCGCUUUUGGAUUCGAGGGUGUUGAUACCUGCCCAGUAGACAGUGGCGGCCCUCUGCUGGUGACAUUCCAGCCUGAUGGCGACGUUAGAAACGGCAACCCUGAACUUGAUACUGUCGUGGGCAUCACGUCGUUUGGGGAAAAGAAAGCCUGCAACGAGUCUGGGGUCUCAGCGGUGUACACAAGGGUGACAAGCUAUGCAGAGUGGAUAGAAGGGACCAUUGUGGUUGGAACACCAAGCAAUUUGCUGGUAGUGUCAAUCCUGGUGGCAAGCACAAUAUCGUUGACAAUCAUGGGAGCUAUCAUUAUGCUUUUCUGGUGGAAAAAAAGUCAGCACAGGCAUUUCAAUGAAUAUUGGGUGCUUGAUGCGGACAGAGGGCUAACAUCCAUUGACAAUAUCACCAAUGACAUGUUGGAAUACUUUGGACAUGCUGCUGCCCAGUCAGCGUUUGGCUCAGAGGUUUGUGAUCUUGCCACUGGGAAGCAUGCAAGUACAUCAGAGCUGAGCAGCACACUACAGAACCUGGAGGCGGGCUCCAUCUUUGUAAACAGAUAUGUGAUUGGGCGCAAGCAUUCCACUGGUCCCAAUUCCGUGGUGCUGCAUGGCAAGGACAAGACCGGAGAUUCCUCUGUAUUGAUAAAAUUCUAUUCUGACAACAGGAUGUUCGAAAGAGACAGUGACAUGUAUGAAUCUCUUUCCGGUGCACUGGUUGCAAGACCUGAAGACGUGGUUUCUUCUGAUGUUUCGGGCUUCCCAGACGCGCUUGUAUUCCAGACUGGGUCCUACACCCUUGAAGGUUGGCUGAAGGCAGAGAAACCAAGCUAUGCAACAGUGAAACGCGUAGUAUAUCAGAUUUUGGAGGGGUUGCAUGAACUUCACAAGAAUGGUAUAGUCCACCGUGACCUGCAGCCAAGCAACAUCAUGUUUUUCCCUGAAGAGGACAGGUGGAAACUUGGUGGCCUACACCACUGGACCCAUGAGAGCGAGUGUGGCCGCAUCAGUGGCAACUUGCGGUACAUGUCACCAGAGAUGUUGGUGGCACAUGUUCGUCGCAAUGCAGAAAUGCCACUGGAUACAGCAACAGACAUGUGGUGCUUUGGCACCAUUGUGUAUGAGCUUGCAGCAGGGGUGAGUUUGUUUAGACAUGACCUCAAGAGCUCAGCGAUAUGCCGAAUGAUUCUGGGAUUCUCCAAACCACCAGACUUGGAUGCUGUCAAUGAUUUUUCACUUCGUCGUUUGAUCUACCAUACAGUCAGGAGAAACCCAACAGCCAGGUGGAAAGCAUCAGAGGCUCUUACAGAAAAUGAGGUUUGCUUGCAGUACAACCGAGGUAUGCUGGAAUUUCUGAGCAACCAGAUGGGAAAAGUUACCGACAUGUUCAAGAUGGUUGGCGAAGGGUCUGAGGACUUGAGGAAAGAAUUGAUAAAGGGCAGAAGACUGAUAGAGAAGCAUGAGCGGCCUUUUGACAUCAGAACUUUCUACACAACCAAGCAAGCAAGAGAUGCUGUGGAGUCUAUAUGUGAAUUUCUGAAGGAAGCCAUUCGAGAAUAUCCCUUAGAAAGACGGCGUUCUUGCCCUUCCACCAAUCUGCAAAUUGAGUCAAAUAUACCCGAGGAUGUGGUCAAAACCGACAGUGAGCACUUGUGCAGCAUGCUUUCGUUCAUAUUGAAAGGGAAGGAAUGCAAUAGCACAGAUAAGAGCGAGCUUCUGAGCUGGAAAGAUGCGAAACAUAAGCACAAGGAGAUGUUUAAACAUCUGCAAGUCAAUGAGAGCCAGAUUCGCCUUAUUAGAAAACUAGGUCACGGUGGCGAGGGACAUGUGCAUGCAGCAGUCUACCAGCAUGGGUCGGUGGCCGUUAAGAUGCCAUCACGGCGGGCUGAUGAGCUGUCAGUUGAGGACAUGGCAGCGUUCCUGAAAGAGGCUUAUUGGCUUGCAUCCCUCAAUGAUCUGCACAUUGUCAAGUUGUAUUCUAUCACAGAAUCAGGGUGGAUUGUCAUGGAACAGGCCGACCAAGAUUUGCGCACAUUUUGCGAUGAGCAUAAGGACAUGGCUUGGCCUGCGAAGCUCAACCUUAUCCAGCAGGCUACCCUUGGACUGCUUCAUAUCCACACAAUGGAUGUUCCUCUUGUGCACAGCGACAUCAAAGCCUCCAACUUUCUGUUGUUUGGGUCACGCCCAGAUGGCAUAGUUGUGAAGCUUGCAGAUUUCGGUUUUGCAACAGUCGCCACAGAUACAAAGAGCAAGACGGCCAGGGGUCCAGGGGGCACAUUGGAAUGGAUGGCUCCUGAGUUUUACGAAGGACGGGUGGCAACUCUGGCAUCAGAUAUUUUCAGCCUCGGCGUCGUCAUGUAUGAGGUCGUCACUGGCAAGCAUCCGUAUGCCACACAUGUCCGGGAUCCCACAGGUGUCCCAGCGGUGGUUAUGAGUAUGAAACUGCAAGGAAGGGAACCUUGUACAGUGAGCAGAAAGGAUUGCCCUCAGGAGAUGCAUAAUUUGAUGAAGCGUUGCUGCCAGCUGGAUCCUAAGCAGAGGCCUACCAUACAAGAGGUGUACAGUGCCGUGUCAGAGAUGCCCAUGGUUUGGACAGAAAAGGAUCUGUCCUUGCCAGAGCUGCACACCAUCAUUGCCGAUGCUUGUCAAGAUGUGGCUAAUGUGAGGUACAAUUCCAAUAUGCUGCUUUUCUUGUACGAGCAGAUGGAGAAAUUCAAGAAGGCAACUGUUGCCAACUUCUCGUGCCAUAUGACGACAGACAGCCUAUCAGAGGAAUGUGACAGACUGAAAACGCACUUGAAAUUGGGAGGAAAGCUCAUCAGGCAGCAUGCACAGUAUUCGGAUAUGCAGAUGCUGUAUUCUGUUGAUGAGACGAAAUGUUUGGUCCAAAAGUUCUGCUCCAUUCUUCGGCGCUGUGCUUGCAAAAUGAAACUUCCCAUGCACAUGGAAAUUGCUGACAAACUUCCGAGCAAGGUUGUAGACAAGGAUAGGGAUGCCAUGGAUGACAUGCUGAGGUUCGUUUAUGGGGAAUCAGACAGCGGUGCUGAGGUUUAUGGCCCGCAGCACUGGUAUGAUGCAAAGACCAAGCACAUGGGCGUGCUGGAAAAAGUGGAGCUCAUAACUGAUGAUCAGAUUUCGGUGGAGACUGAUCAGAUUGUGAGCAGGGACGACGAGAGUGUGUUGUAUCAAUCGCAGUGGGAAGAGCGCCAUGUACUUGUCAGAAUGCAGGUUAUUGCGCACAGCAAGACGCCCAGCCGGGAGAUAUUUGGCAGGGUCAUGGCAGCUGCCCAUCUCAUGCUUGGCAAGCAGCAUCCACAAAUUGCCCGCAUUUUGGCACUCAGCAGGUGUGGCACCAUUAUAAUGGAGGGCGGAAGCAUGGAUUUGGCACAGUGGUACCAGGAGCAGGCUGGCAGACUGCCCUGGCAGCGUAAGAGCAAGGUUUUGUUGGAAGCUGCAAGGGCUCUGGAGGCUUUGCACGGGGACCUGACUCCAGUGAUGCACUGUGACAUAAGAUCCAAGCACUUUUAUGUUUUGGAUGACAUCGAGAGCCAUAGUCUGGUUGUGAAACUCAGCGGCUUCAGUACAUUGACGACCCAGGCAACAGACGUACAGAAGCUGGAGGGACUGCGCCCGAGGUUAAGUGCGUACUCUGCUCCUGAGCUACACGCACGGGGACCAUGCACUUUGAUGAGCGAUGUGUACAGCUUCGGGGUGGUCAUGUGUGAGGUUGCAGCAGAGAUAGAGCCGUUCGAGGGGGCACCCAUCUUCUCGGGCUCUACUGGCCAGAGGCUCCCAUGCCGGAUUCCUGAGGGUUGUCCAGAGGAGCUGCACAACCUUGUGUUGAGCUGCCUUUCAACCACGCCUUCAAGGAGGCCAUCCAUGCAGAAUGUGAGCAGCACGCUGGAAGAAAUUUUGUCCUCUGGAUUCGCAGAUACCGUUGAUUUGUAG